CGUGCAUCGUGACCUUAGACGCUUAGCCAUUUGUGAUGCAUUUUUGAGCUGCUGCCCCGAACUUCCGAAACAGGAACCGACCCUUUUGGGGCUUUUUUGGCGACGACUUCGCGACUUACUUUACAUUGACUUCCGUUCUGAGAAUUUCAGGAUGCCUUCUAUCGAUGUAAAGGCUGAGGACCGGCGGAUUCUGAAGCAGAAAAUCGAGGACGUCAAUGCGCCGAAGUUCACGAAACACGUUGGUGUGACCAAUCAAUCAACAAUGCCUUGCAACCUGUACAGUAAAUGUGAUUCCAUUAUACCGGAGGAACCACCGCCUGCAACUUAUGACAGCCCGCCCCUCAAGAGUAAUGAAAUGAUUAACACUUACAAGACGUUGCCGACAAAGCCCGGUGUUGGGUCUGAGAUGGCAGUAAAACAACCUUCAAAGGAAUCCCAAACAGUUGAAAAAGCUUCCAAGCUUGCAGGAAAUAUGAAGAAUGGCAGUGAUGAAAACCAAAAGCCACAGGCAACCACCUCAAAGAAAUCUAAACCACGAAGCUUCAGCUUACUGGAAAUGAGUUACAAGGACAAGGAGGGCAAAGGUCAUGGUCGUCUGGUCCGACAGAGAAGUGUGAAGUUCUCUUAUGAGAAGGAAACCCACAAGCUGAGUCAUGCAGCUAGUGCGCCGGCUGCCAUAAGCGAGGCCCUAGAGUCUCAGGUAGAAGAUGAAGUCUUCACAGAAGAGAAAGAAAAGAAAGAUGACAACAAGACACUGGAAAGUGGGAACAACUCGUCAUAUGCUCCAGCAGAUGUUGACAGCUCUGGCAAGAAAACAGAGAAAGAGGGGGGCACAGAAGAUGCAGACGAGAAAACUGAGCCGGUUGUCGAGGAUGAGAGAAAGGCAACUGAGAGAGUGGCAGAGGAUGCUGAGAAAAGGGAAAAAGAAAAGAGCGCAUUGGUGGAGGAAGUAGGGGAAGAGGCAAAGAUGCCUGGAAAGGCUGAAGAGGAGAAAGUCUCCAAGGAUGCAAAUGAGAAGUCCAAGACAGAGGGAGGGACCUCACUUGUGCAGAUGCUGACACAAGACUUGCAGACAGCACUGCGUCUUGAAGACGGCGGUGAGAAAGAUAAGACGGAGGUGAAGGCUGAGGGGGAGGUCUCUGCCCUGGCUGAUGACUUGCAGCAAAGUUUGUCUCUCGAGGGGAAGGAUGACAAAGAGGCGGUCUGCAAAAUGGCAGAAGGAGGCGGAGUUGGUACCUCAGAGAAGGGACAACCCCGACUGAGAGCCAAAGGUAUUCACAGAGAAGAUGCCUUUGGUCAACCAAAUGUCAUCCUAAGCACCAAUAACACCUUCAACCAGCACUGUCAGCAAGGCCAGUGGAUAGCUAGCCAGCCUGCACUUAGCUCACCUAAUUGGCACAUCGGGGCUCAGCCUCAGAACCAACCACUCCCGCCCUUGUCUGUGUUUCUGCGGCCGCCGAUGAAGCCCAGCGGUCAACCCAGUCAGAGUGUGGUCUGCCCUCCAGGACAGAGCAAUCUGACCCGUAUGGUCUACAUGGGUCCCUCCAGAUCCCAGAUGCUCACUGUCAGCAAUCAGUCCAUGCAGCAGCAGUACGCCCAAAAAAACCUCUGCCACAACACCAGCAUGCAACAGCUGCAGACCAGCUACCCACAGAAUUGUUUGCACAGCGGCGGGCCUACAGUCCCCAUGACCCAACCCCAGCCCAUGAAUAUUCCCAAUCAGAGCACUGGGAACCCGAAAGAGGAUGACUGGCCGCCAACACCCGAGGCUCACGACAAUGACAUCUUGGACCGGUCUCCAGUGGAGAAUGAAGAACCCAUGGCUUUUCAGGUGGGAAACCUUGGGAUAGAUUUGAUGGGUACCCCUUCUCCCCAGUCAUCUUGGGAUGGAAGCCAAGCCCCCAGUCUGGCCUCUACAAGCCCUGUUCCUUCCCCCUACACUCCUGACAUCCAGCAGUUGUCUCCAGCCCCGCUAGUUCCUGACGUCAAUAGUCCCUGGUCACCGGAAUCCAACAUCAGCUCCACAGGGGAACCCCCUUCGCCGUGCGGCUCCACCAUCAUCAAAGUAACUGACAACAUGACCUUUGGGAUGGUCACUGUUUCCCCCGUGUCCCCUCACUCUGCCAAGCGUCAGCGGAACGAUUCCAGCACCGAUUCACUUGAGGCUCAAGAGCGAAUCUCGGGCAUCAAGAAGUACCUGCAGACCGGCACGCCUGAUUCUAGCCCUACCUACCAGACUCAGAUGAUGUCCCCACCACAGGUCCCAUCCUACUGCCCUUCCCUUACGCCUCCUUACACCCCUGCUCCUGCACCUGAAAUCCCCCCGCAGGCCUUCAGGAUGCCGUACACCGGCGUAAAUCAGCCCUUUCCUACCACAUGUACGCCUCACCAAGUCCCACCGACACCCCAUCGCACCUACCAGCAGUCGGAUACACCCCCUGAAGGGGAGCUGGAAGCAUUCCGUAAGCAGCUGGCAGAAUGGAGUGUGGAGGAACUCCUGAUGCCAGAUGAAGACAUGGAUACUGUUCUCCAUCUUGCCAUCUGCCAGACGAAGGUCGCCCUCUCUCUGGCCAUCAUUGAACGCAUCUGCAAUUGUAAGCAGAAGGUCUGCCUGAAUGUCAAGAAUAAACUCCAACAGACACCCCUAUACCUGUCGGUGAUUUCCAAUCUGCCGAUACUGACACAGAUCUUGAUCAACUACGGCGCAGAUCUCUUCAUCCGCAACAGGCACGGCAACACACCAUUGCAUGCUGCUGCCAGAAAUGGGAACACCGAAGCCAUCAAGGCGAUUUGCGAAGGUAUGAGCUACUGUGGUUACAGCGAGGAAACCACAAGGGAUCUCUUUGAUACUAUCAACUAUGAUGGCAAGUCAGCACUCAUGCUUGCUGUGGAAAACCAUGGCAACAUGACUCUGGAAGGAGAAUUUAUCAACUGCCAUGAGACCGUCUGCCUCCUGCUUCAAAGCUUCGGAUCGGCACUCCAACAGGAUUCAAACAGCGGUAAGACCGCCCUCCAUUACGCUGUAGAGUUGCAUAAGAUUGAUCUCAUCUUGGACUUGUUGGACAACUGUGAGGACGCGGGAAGACUCGUCAAUAGUCAGAUGUAUGAUGGCAACACGGCGCUGCAUCUGAUCGUCGGCCGCGACCGUCCGGAGCACGAGAUCCUGGAAAUCGUCAAUCUCCUGAUGACGCAUGGCGCUAAUGUUGGUCUGGAGAAUGCCGCGCGUGAGAAACCACAUGAUCUGCUACAUCGUGAGCAUGUUGAGAUCAAAAGACGUCUUCACGGACAAGGUAAUCGCAAGAGGUGAAUAUUUGACCCAUAGUUACCAUGAUGGCAGAAGUUGGUGUCAGAUGUUUUAUUCUUUAGCUUUAUUUUUUAGAAGGUUCCAGACUUCAGAGGAGUAACCUGGUUCCAUUCAUACUGGUUAAAAUUAAUCAUGAGGUUUACAUUACUCUGACGGAUGUAAAAAAUACAGCGUUUUGCUGUCUAUGAAUUUCAGUCUUGAUAUCCAAAGUGGUAUUGGUAUUGAUGCAUUGACAUGGGUGUCACGCUGAAGAUUGACUCUCCUCUACCAAAGUUAAAUUGUUUUGCCGUCAUCAAGAAAAUGUGACCAUGGAUUUGCCGAUAAACAAGCCUGACAGACACACUUUAUGGCGGAGAGUAACAGAACACAUUUUCAGAAUACAAUGUGGGACGUAAAAAAUAUCUAAUUGUGCAUGAAACUCGGUCAGGUGGCCAUGUAAACCUGAUACCUAAUGUUAACCGGCAUUGGUCAACACUGAUCAGGUAUUGCAGUAGAAAACAGGAUGCUGUGCGUUUUGGUUUCUACAAAACUUUCAUUUCCGUUUAGCUUACUGUAUAUAUUGCCUGUAGUGCAUUUUGUGGUUGAGAAUGACAGUCUUUAAAGACAAAAUUAUUUAUCAGUUUUUUGUCACUUUUCAUUAAUUUGAUUAAAUGUAAGAUUUUGACGGAUUUGAUGAGGGGAACAAGGAGUUACAGUAGUACGUAGCUCUUACUUUGGUUUGUUAUCAAUAAACAUUAGUGGCAACUUGAUUUCAUUUUUAAACCAAAUAAGUGCCUCCUAUGGCCAAAUUAAAGAAAUUAUUGUAUAGAUGGAAGAGUACAUUGAAAAGAGACAUGUACAUUACCUGCCACAUAAUACAUGGUUAAUGGCGACAUACCUUCAGGUUGGUAUCACACUUAAUUAAGUCUGUAAAAAUGUUUAUCUGAACAAUUUUUGUUUAAAGGGUGUAACAUUUUAACGAACCUUCAACCUCAAGGUAGACUUUUAUAGAACCAGUACAUACACCGUUUAUUGGUAAAGUUUGGAGUAUUGAAUGGAAGAUGUAGUGAACAUUAUCAAAUGACAAUAUAUUAGUCUGUACAUUUAUAUGAAACUGUUGCCGUGGUAAUUGUGAUGUAUCAUACUCAGAUGCCCUGUUUUGGGGGUUGAUCACAUGACCCGCCCCCUCACGGUGCCUUCUUAAACUUCCAAUUUGUUUCAUUGCUCUGAUAUUGUUCUGAAUGAAUUACACUUGUACUUCACUCAACCAAAAGAACUUUGUAAACUUUUCCUAAAUUCAGUUAGAAAUUUAGUACAACUGCAAAUUGUGUUUGUAUAUGUGAACCAAUUUUUAUUCUUUUCCUCAACAUCUUUGCCCGUGUACAGGUGGCUUUGUUGCCAUUAAAAUAGAAAAUGAUCGUUACAUUGAUUAUGUAAUCUCUGAAGCAUCUUAUGAAUAAUGCAGUCGUAAAUAUUUGAUUUUAUUGAUAACUCUAACAUACUCAGACACUUAUUUACUUUUGUUUUGCAUAUCUAUUGUUUUUAAUCAUGUAAUUGACAGGACUGGACUUCAGUGGUGGAAACAAAUUAGUAUUUGUUGUGGGUGGAGUUGAGUCCAGAAAUGCAAGGGGUGGCAUUCAGAAUGAGGUUUGACACGUUGAAAUCUGACCUUGAAGUUAAACUGACUACAUUUUAAACUGUAAAUUGUUAUCUCAUCGACCAGAAAUAAUCCAUAAUUGCAUGCUAAAUUGUAGACAGUUCUUUAUUUCUUCAACUUGCUUGUAUAUAUAGCAAACAUACAUGUUAAAAGGUAAAGUUGUUAUGUACGGUUCAAAACAUAUUUCAGUGUAUUGUUUGACACGCCAGAAUUUAAGGUAAGUUUGAACAUUUGAAAAUCUUUGGCCACUGUAGCUAGGAAUAUGAUUUAAUUUUGCCUUGACCAAGAGUAGUAUCAAUGAAAGCUUGAUUUUAAUAAUUCGUUGAAUAGAAAAUGAAGCCAAAUCCUACAAGUUUAGAGACAGUCAAAACACUCCUUCAGGAAUUUUUCAAUUCUACCGUGAAACAGUUCUGCCGCUUUGUAAAAAAACCUUGAAUACCAUGCUCACAUAGUGCAGCCAACUGACCUCAUUGUAAACCCUAGUUAGUGUAAAUUGAUGAAUGGUGUAUAAAGUCCCUGCUAUAUUUGGAGAUGAGGGUAUUUGGCAAACAGUCGUUACAGACCCCAGUUUUGUUAUAAUUAAUGGUAAAAAGUACUAAGUACAUAGCCUCGUUAUUUUUAGAACAAGUGAUUUUUAUAAUUCACCAGUUAUAAUAAAUAAAAUACAUGUCAUGGUAUUGUAAA